CAUUCUGCCGGGCAUCCGCUCCGCUCCGUGUGUGUGUGGUCACGCGUGGAAGUGUGACUUAAACGGCGCUCUCCUCUAAUUAAACACACUUUGCAGCAUGCGUUGGAGGCGCUGCGAUAAUUGAGACAUCAGGUCGUGUUUGUUUUCGAUUUCCUUUGCAGACGGGGACGUCUUUUAAAAAAGAUCCUGCUCGGGCUUUUGAAAGCUGAGCCAUUAAAGUGCCGCUGUGGAAAAUAAAAUGCCGCAAAGCCUAAUGGCUGUUCUCUUUCUGGUAUUUGGUUCUGGUAUUUGUAAUUUCAUUAGAGGCUUGAAUUUUGGAAGCAAGGUCUGCCACACUUCAGUGAAGCAUGUCCCCCAAAGAAUUUGCGGUCGCGCUGCAGUCGCAGAGAUGUUUACGUGGGCGAUAUUAGCCUCGAGCAGACGGAGAGCUCGGCUUUUUUCCACCGCAGUCUCCUUCCGUCGGCGGGACGCUGGAAUGAUUAGUGCAAGCGUCAGACGGAGUGACAGAGUGGGGAAUGUUUUUUUGGGGGGGGGGGGUAUAAAAACAAAGUUGUGGGGAGAGACCCCAAACCUCAACAUCUUCACAUCCCUCUUCCUACUGUCUCCUGACUCAAGCCACGAACCGCCCCAGCUCGGCAGGCCCCCGCCCUUUGCAAAACCUCAAAUCCCUCAACCGAAGCCUCAGAUUGUCCAACCGCAGGAUUGAUGAGGAGAGCUUGUCAGGACCGGCGCUAGCAGGCCUGGUUGGUAGGAAGGAAGCUCGGCUGCAGACUCGAGGAGCCAUCCGUCAUGUCCUGCGUACGCAAACGGUCCCAUCAUCCCUUCUUGUAGCACUAACGGCCGCCAUGACAUCAGGAUCACGACUGUCACAAAAGAAGUCCAAACUCCAAGGCGGAUUAUUGUCAAGUAAUUUGUUUCAGGGAACAUCUGCUCAAAAGAUGCUUGAGUGAUGGUCAAAAAUGUGCUGGCGCUAAACACUGACGGCACGCUCGCUGGCAGACGCGGGAUCGAUUCUCCCUUUAUGACGUGAGAACGAUGCAGAAGACAAUCGGAGAAACGAAUGCUGUGGAGAAUAACCAUCGCAGUCUUACUGGCCGGAGUGCUGUGCGGCACGGCAGGAAGCAAAAAGACCCGGCCGCAGGGCCACAUCCCGUCGCCGUACAAGAGCAAAGGCAACCUGUCUUCCGAGCGCCACCAGCGGCUGGUGCAGCCCAAACCCGAGGUGCUCUCGUCCAGCCGCGAGGCCUUGGUGGUGACCGAGCGCCGCUACCUGCGGCGGGACUGGUGCAAGACCCAACCCCUGCGCCAGACCAUCAGUGAGGACGGCUGCCGGAGCCGCACCGUGGUCAACCGCUUCUGCUACGGCCAGUGCAACUCCUUCUACAUCCCCCGGCACAUGGGACCCAGCGGCUCAGCCCACGGCCAGAACCGGGGACAGGGAAGAAAAGGCCACAGCAAGGCCCAGGAGCCCUUUCAGUCAUGCUCCUUCUGCAGGCCGCACCGCGUCACACAGCUCACCGUGCAGCUGGAUUGCCCCGAUCUGCAGCCGCCUUUCCGCCACCGCAAAGUGCAGCGGGUCAAACAGUGUCGCUGCAUGUCCGUGGACGUGAGCGGACACGGGAAGCUGUGAGAACCGUGGCGGGAAACUCACAGAUGAUGCCAAAAAUUAGCCUGCCUCUUUGCUUGGAACUGAAGACACUGAUGGACAAGUCUGGCACGUGUCAGUCUGGACCUGCCAUUUUCCUUUGCUGCCAGGGGAAGGAGUCCAAAAAUCGAAAGAAUAUCCUGGGCCCAAACUGUGAAAAGCUGUAGAAGACGUUCAGGCGGACUACUUUUCUGAAUCCUUCUCCUUGCCUUAAAUCUAUUGAGUGUUGCACAACAGGAGGCAACCCAAUAAAGACUUCCGCCUCUUUGGACACACAAGUAUACGAUAAAAAAAAUACUGCUCAACAUGUUCUCACAAGUAUUUAGUAGGAAAUCACACAAAAACUACAAAUAUGAUAAAUACAUAUUUCAAUGUCAAAAUUUUAUGAAUAAUCUCAUUCCCAGAAACCUGCUAUACACAUUUUCUGGCCACGCCGUAGCUCCACCCCGAACACAUAUUUUCUAUAGCUAAAAUGUUUUUGUGCAAAAUCCUACUAAAUUCAUGUGAGAACAGGCUGUACUACUGCAUGUGUAAUUAAAGUACAAUGCAAUAUAUAAAACAAUAUCAACAUGUUAUGUAUGUAAGUGUGCAUUUGUGAAAAAGUAUAUUAAAUCUAUUUCAUAUAAA